AUGUCUAUUAUCAACACAUCGCAUACUGAAAUCACCAUCUUCUUUUUGAUUGGGAUGCCAGGGCUGGAAUAUGCACACAUCUGGAUCUCUAUUCCCAUCUGCAGCAUGUACCUUUUUGCUCUUCUGGGAAACUGCACCAUCCUUUUCAUCAUUAAGACAGAAGCCUCUUUGCAUGAGCCCAUGUACUAUUGUCUUUCCAGGUUGGCUCUGUCUGACAUGGGCUUGUCCUUUUCCUCCCUUCCCACUAUGUUGGAGAUCUUCUUCUUCAAUGCUCCUGAAAUCUCUGCCAAUGCCUGCUUUGCCCAGGAAUUCUUCAUCCAUGGAUUUACAGUGUUUGAGUCCUCAGUGCUCCUGAUCAUGUCAUUUGUUCGCUUCCUAGCCGUCCACAACCCUCUGAGAUACAGCUCCAUUCUUACAACUGUCAGAGUUGCCCAAAUAGGAAUGGUAUUCUUUUCCAAGAGCUUCCUCCUGGUUUUUCCCUUCCCCUUCCUUUUGAGAAAGUUGAAAUAUUGUAAGAAAAGCCAAUUAUCCCACUCUGACUGUCUCCACCAGGAUGUCAUGAAGUUGGCCUGCUCUGACAACCAAAUUGAUGUCAUUUAUGGCUUCUUUGGAGCUCUCUGCCUUAUGGUAGACUUUAUGCUGAUUGCUGUGUCUUACAUCCUGAUCCUCAAGACUGUGCUGGGAAUUGCAUCCAGAAAGGAGCAGCUCAAGGCCCUCAAUACUUGUGUGUCACACAUCUGUGCAGUGAUCAUCUUCUACCUGCCCAUCCUCAACCUUGCCAUUGUCCAUCGUUUUGCCCGGCAUGUCUCAUCUCUCUUCAGUGUUCUUACGGCAAAUGUUCUUUUACUUGUGCCUCCCCUGAUGAAUCCCAUUGUGUACUGUGUGAAAAUUAGGCAGAUGAGAGUAAGAGUUGUAGCAAAAUUAUGUCAGAAGCAAAUAUAA